UCAGAAACAGCCAGACUCUCCCCUCCUGCUCGGGAGCGCUUUCCCAGCCGCCAAGCCCCACUCACCAGGUGGCCAUGGCCUCACCGGCGACCAGGCGCCCCGCGGUCCCUGACUUACUUUCCGGGCUGCCGUCGGUGGCCUCAGCUCAGGCCAACCAGAGCAUGGAGCCCGCGGCAGGGAACGCAUCCUCGGCUGGCUCCGGUGCUCAGGCCGUCACCCCCUUCCAAAGCCUGCAGCUGGUGCAUCAGCUGAAGGGGCUGAUUGUGCUUCUCUACAGCAUCGUGGUGGUUGUGGGGCUUGUGGGCAACUGCCUGCUAGUGUUCGUGAUAGCUCGGGUGCGGCGACUGCACAACGUAACCAACUUCCUCAUAGGCAACCUGGCCUUUUCCGACGUGCUCAUGUGCGCCGCCUGUGUGCCGCUCACGCUGGCCUACGUCUUUGAGCCGCGCGGCUGGGUGUUCGGCGGCGGCCUGUGCCACCUGGUUUUCUUCCUGCAGCCCGUCACCGUCUACGUGUCGGUGUUCACGCUCACCACCAUCGCGGUGGACCGCUACGUCGUGCUGGCGCACCCGUUACGCCGGCGCAUCUCCUUGCGCCUCAGCGCCUACGCCGUGCUGGCCAUCUGGUCGCUGUCCGCGGUGCUGGCGCUGCCGGCGGCCGUGCACACCUACCACGUCGAGCUCAAACCUCACGGUGUGCACCUGUGCGAGGAGUUCUGGGGGCCCCAGGAGCGCCAGCGCCAGCUCUACGCGUGGGGGCUACUGCUCGUCACCUACCUGCUCCCCCUGUUGGUCAUUCUCCUGUCUUAUGUCCGCGUGUCCGUGAAGCUCCGGAACCGCGUGGUGCCGGGCUCGGUGACCCAGAGCCAGGCCGACUGGGACCGCGCGCGGCGCCGCCGCACCUUCUGCCUGCUGGUGGUGGUCGUGGUGGUGUUCGCCAUCUGCUGGCUGCCGCUGCACGUCUUCAACCUGCUGCGGGACCUGGACCCGCGCGCCAUCGACCCUUAUGCCUUCGGGUUAGUGCAGCUACUCUGCCACUGGCUGGCCAUGAGCUCGGCCUGCUACAAUCCCUUCAUUUACGCCUGGCUGCACGACAAUUUCCGCGACGAGUUGCGCAAGCUCUUGCUCACCUGGCCCCGCAAGAUCGCACCGCAGGGCCAGAGCAUGACAGUCAGCGUGGUCAUCUAGUGCCACGGCGUCAGGCUGGCACUGGGGCCCACGCCCACCGGCCUCCAAGGGUGCUGCCCGAGGCCGGACAAGAGCUUAUUUCCAGCGCCAGAGUUAAGCCACUACAGAGCAGUGCUCCCAGCCAAGCGCUUUUUGUCCAGCUGUGGUGCCUUGUUCUUGUGUUUUUGUUAAAUGGGCUUUCGUAGAGUCUUGUGCUUUGCUGGUGGAGGCAAGGGAGAGGGAAGCGGAUGAAUAAUUUCCCCCCCUGAAUUCCAAACAAAGCUUUCUCCAGGUUCCUAAUAGUAUUUCAGAACCUUGGCUGUCUUUCUUGUUUUUCUGUUCUGCUUGCUCACUGGAGAGAUGAAGGAACAAUGUGGGUGGGACUUAAAAUAACUGUGAUGUGGUUUGUAAAGCUUUUUAGGUUGCAGCUCACAGGAAACUCAGCGGAGAUAUCAUAUCUGAUAUUGUUUAGUUAGUUUGAAACCAUGGAUUUCUAACAUUCCCGAAAAGUAUGUAUAAUAAACCUACAUCUAGAAUUUCAGCACUUCCUGAAUAAGACCCCAAAGAUGUAUAUAUGUAUAUACAUAUGUGUACACAUAUGU